UGUAAGCCUUUGGUCCAUUUUCAAUUUUUCACUUUAAGAAACCGAAGGAAUACGGAAGUUCCGUUAAUGUGGAAGUCAAUUCUCCCUCUCCCAAUUUCACCUACUCCGUAAUUCGGUGAAGGAUUUUCAGGCGUCCACCCUGGAGAACUCUUCUCUCCGAUCUCCUCUCUCUUCACUCUCACAACUGGAAGCUUCCUAUCUGCAAUUCGGGAGGAAUCUGAAAUGUUUUCUUUAACUUAUUCUUGCUGAAGGAGCUGACUCGAUCUGUAUAUGAUGAACGCCGGAUAUGAUAUUAAUGAUCUUUAUCGAGAAGCACAAACACGUUGGCUGAAGCCUCCAGAAGUGCUUUUUAUUUUACAGAAUCAUGAGAAAUAUCAGCUGACUGAGGAGGCCCCUAAACAGCCAACUAGUGGUUCCUUGUUUCUUUUUAACAAGAGAGUACUCCGUUUCUUCCGCAGAGAUGGUCAUAGCUGGAGGAAGAAAAGGGACGGAAGAACUGUUGGAGAAGCACAUGAACGACUUAAGGUUGGAAAUGCUGAAGCGUUAAAUUGCUAUUAUGCACAUGGAGAGCACAAUCCCAAUUUCCAGAGACGUAGCUAUUGGAUGCUGGAUCUGUCAUGUGACCACAUUGUUCUUGUACACUACAGAGACAUCAAUGAGGGAAGGUCCGGGACGGAAAGUGUUCCACAUUUGUCUCCAGCAUCAGUUUCUACUUCCGGUUCCUGUUCAUCCCAAAAUCUUGCUUCAGAAUAUCAACAGACUUCAUUGAGCCCAGGGUCUGUAGAAGUUACAUCUGACACUGGCAACCAUACUAUUGAGUCAAAUGGCGUGGAUGGGCAUUUUGAAAUAUCAGAAAUAAAAGGUUCAAACGAACGUGAUGUUUCUCAAGCGUUGAGAAGGAUUGAGGAGCAAUUAAGUUUGAAUGAAGACAGCUUGAAAGACAUUGGUUCAUUUUAUGGUCAGGACGAAGAUUCAAAUUCUAACCUUAUAGACUUCUAUGAGAUGUCCAAUGAGGAUCAGGUUUCAGUGCUUCAGCAUCAAGAAAAUGCUAUCCAUGAUAAUAAUUAUACAUCGUUUAUGAUGCAAGAUGCUGAUGGAAAACAUCAACAUUACAAUAUGGCACACGAGUUUAUAUUCAGUGGUGAAGGAACUCAACCAUGGGGUGGUGCACUUGAUUCAAGUAAGACAGCCGUUCUUGAGUCUCAUGAUCGACAUUCUCUCCUAUGGAAUGAAAAAGAAAACCCAUCAUCAUCUUCUACUGUUGACAAUGAACAUUGCAACUGGCUGGACAGCAGAGGAAAAGCUUUUCCUAUGCUUGGAAGCUGCACAUCGACAGAGUAUUCUUCACCACUAGACACUCAUGAUACUAAUUCCAACUAUAACAUACCAUUUCUUAAACAAGAACAUGGAAAUUCUUUUGAAGUCGAUACCAGUUUAAUUGUUGCACAAGUGCAGAAAUUUACAAUCCGCGAAAUAGUACCUGAGCAGGGUUAUGCCACUGAGAGUACCAAGGUCAUCAUUAUUGGAUCUUUUCUAUGUGAUCCUUUAGAAUCUCCAUGGGCUUGUAUGUUUGGAGACAUUGAAGUUCCUCUUCAGAUUGUUCAGAAUGGGGUACUUUGUUGCAAAGCACCUCCACACCUUCCUGGGAAGGUUGCUUUCUGCAUUACAUCGGGCAAUCGGGAACCCUGCAGUGAAGUCAGAGAGUUCGAAUAUAAAAUGAAUGUUUGCAGUCAUUGCCAGUCUCAUUCAACUGGAGCUGCAAAGAGUCCAGAGGAGCUGUUAUUACUUGUCAGGCUUGUGCAAUUGCUGCUCUCUGACUCAUUGAUGCAGAAAUCUGACAGGUUAGAUACUGGAUUUAGGAGCAAUAGUCUGAAAGCUGGUGAUGAUCAAUGGAGUUCUUUGAUAGAGGCUCUUCUAGUUGGUAGUGAAACUCCUUCUAGUACCACCGAUUGGCUUUUUCAAGAAUUGCUAAAAGACAAGUUGCUACUUUGGCUUUCUUCACAACAGAAAAAUAGGCAUGAUUUAACAGACUGUCUUUUGUCCAAGAAAGAACAAGGCGUUAUACACAUGAUAGCUGGCUUGGGCUAUGUGUGGGCACUUAACCCAAUUCUCAGGUGUGGAGUAAAUAUAAAUUUCCGUGACAUUAACGGGUGGACUGCUCUACACUGGGCAGCACGCUUUGGAAGGGAAAAAAUGGUUGCUGCACUAAUAGCCUCUGGAGCAUCAGCUGGCGCCGUGACUGAUCCUAGUUCACAAAAUCCAGAUGGUAAAACUGCAGCGUCUAUUGCAGACAUCCAUGGACACAAGGGACUUGCUGGUUAUUUAUCAGAAGUUGCACUUACUAGUCAUCUCUCAUCCCUCACACUUGAAGAAAGUGAGCUUUCCAAAGGCUCUGCUGAGGUAGAAGCAGAAAUGACAGUCAGUUGCAUUUCAAAUGGGAAUCUAUCUUCCGCUGAGGACUAUAUCCCUCUAAAAAAUACGUUAGCUGCAGUCAGGAAUGCUGCUCAGGCAGCAGCCCGUAUUCAAUCUGCUUUCCGUGCCCAUUCUUUCAGGAAGCGACAGCAGAAAGAGGCAGCCUUUGCAGCUUGUAUAGAUGAGUAUGGAAUCGAUCCAAAUGACAUACAGGGGCUCUUCGCUAUGUCAAAAAUGAAUUUUUCUAAUCGGCGUGAUUACAAUGCAGCAGCGUUAUCCAUUCAAAAGAAGUAUAGAGGUUGGAAAGGUCGUAAAGAGUUUUUAUCACUACGUCAGAAAGUCGUGAAGAUACAGGCACAUGUGAGGGGGUAUCAAGUUAGAAAGCAUUACAAAAUAAUUUGUUGGGCUGUUGGAAUUCUCGAUAAAGUUGUAUUACGUUGGAGAAGGAAAGGAGUUGGCUUGAGAGGGUUCCGUAGUGAGAUAGGAUCCAUUGAUGAAAGUGAGGACGAUGAUAUUUUAAAGGUGUUCCGCAAACAAAAAGUGGAAGGAAACAUUGAUGAGGCUGUUUCACGAGUGCUAUCCAUGGUUGAUUCUCCGGAUGCUCGUCAACAAUAUCAUCGUAUGGUUGAAGGAUUUCGAGAAGCCAAGGCUGAACUCGAUGGUGCAAGUAACAAAUCAGCAGCAUCGACCUCUCUCACCGAUAUUUCAGGAAUGGAAGAUUGUAAUCAAUAUCCUAAGUUUAUAUAGGAGCUACUUAGUGAUCCUAAUUAAUCUAACAGUCACUGAUUUUGUGUCUCCCUUUUCUAAGUUUCUCUUUUAGUAUAAUCAAUAUCCUAAGUUUGUACAUGUACAGUACCCCGUAAUUAUUAUAAAUGAUUUGUAUUAUUGCUGUAAAUGGCUUGCUUGGGACUACGUAAUGAGAUUGAUGUAAUUAAAUUAAUCUCUACUACCAUAUUCUUCUUCUACGUUGACAA